AUGUCAAUGGCCGACCCAUUGACAGCAUCCCUGCAAGAUGAGAAACUCUUUGAAAAGCUGGUGCAAAAUGCUGAAGUGCGAAAGCACAUGGCGGACAAAGGCUUCAUCGCGGAGCUGGAACGUUUGCAAAGGUUGGCAAAUUCCCAAGAAGAAGGUGCAGGGCAGAAGGUGGCACAAGCAGGGCAUCGAGAUCCUCGUAUCAUGCAGGCGCUGAUGGCUUUGCAGGGCCACGGCCUGCAGGUGGAGGAGAAGGACCUGCGUCGCGCCGAAGAGCUGGGGGACAUGCAGCGCCGAGAACCGGUGCAACUGGAACAGAUGUUGCUGGUGAAGGAUUUGGAGGACGCCGAGGUCGCUCGGCAACAGGGAAACGAGCACUUUAAGGCUGGCCGUUUGCCGGAGGCCUUAGCUCACUACGAAAAGGGCCUGGAGCUGUUGAAGAUGCAGCCAGAGGUGCCAGCCAGCAGUGUGGCCACCUUGCUGAGCAACGCGGCUUUGUGCUACCUGAAGCUCAAGUGGCCUGAUCGGGCGAAGAAAAAGGCCACCAUGGCCAUCGUGGCCAUUAAGCAAGCGGAAGAUCAAAGCUUCGAUCAGUCCAAGUUGUACUACAGGAGGUCGUUGGCCUGCGAAGCUUUGCAGGAGUUCGGAAUGGCAGUGGACGACAUGUCCCGAGCUCUGCAGCACGCCAAGGCUGUCGCCCAAAGUUUGGCGGAGCAGCACCGUCUCAAAGGGGAGGUGGAGCGGUUGAAGAAGCUGAAAGCAUCCGCCGAAGCGGAGCUGGAAAGGAAGCAACAACAGAAGACCAACGAAAAGUCCGCGGAAGUGCACCGGCUUCAGGGAAAAGAAGUGAAGGGUGAAGGAUAUUCCAGCCAAGUAAGCAGCGAAUACCUCACUGAGCAAGACUUCUCCCACUGGACCAUGAGUCGGGUGAAAGAAGCCGUCAUUGGCGUUACCCAUACAGCGGAGAAUGGAGCAACGAUCCAAAUCGUCGAAUUACAGGAGCAGUCAAAGGUCACUGCCUCCAUCACCAACAAGAAGGGCAAGCGUGCCUUGUAUUACGAAAUGGAUUUGCACUGCGCUUGGCUUGGCAAAUCUGCUGGGAACGAGAUGAAAGGUUUGAUCCGAGUGUACAACAUCGCACAUGACACCAAAUUCGAACUCGGUGGCGAUGAGAACACCUCCUACAUGUACCAGCUGGGUUGGGACCAACGGCUGUCUGGCGUUUGGGCCGACCAACUGAAGACCGAAGCGCCGGAGCUUUUUGACCUGGUGGCCGUGAAGGUCGGCGUUGAGUGCACUGCAAAGUCGACCUGCCGAGGUUUCCCAACCAUCUUUGACAUCAAACACACGAUCUUCCGUUGUACGUUAACAUCCAACCAGGACAACCGCAACGCGUCCAUGAGAUUCCGUUGGAAGGGCGGGUUGCUGCUGGGCUUGUCCUUGACACUCAGUUUCUGGCAGGGGAGCAACCUGAUGUCCGGCUACAAGGCGCGAGGCGCCGCAAGGCGUCAGGUGUCCAGCGAGUCCAUAGCUAUCCCCAAAUAUGGAAGUACAGUUCAGAUCACUUCACAUGCAAACCUGCAGAUGGUACAGAUAGACUUGCCGGUCUUCCUCCCACCUGUGGCGUCUACCUGGUGUCUUGGCAUCCUGUGGUCCUCCCGCAGAGUCAUGGGGAUUUGUGCUUAUGAAGCCACUAGUCGGGGCAUCGGCCACUUCACCGCAGAGCAGCUGGCACGGAAGAACCAGGUGGUGCUGGUACACGGCCGCAAGCCGCAACGGGUGGAGCGCACCGUGAGCCGAUUGCAGAAGCUGAGUGGUGCCGAAGUACAUGGAUUCGUGGCAGAUCUCAGCUUGAUGUCAGAGGUGCGCAAGCUGGCUGCGGAGGUCAAGGAGAAGUUUCCAGUGCUCAACGGACUUCUCAACAAUGCGGGCACCUUUGAUGGGGACUACACCGGCAAGCGAGUGGUCACAACGGAGGGCAACGAGUAUAGCCUGGCAGUGAUGCUUUGGUAUCCAAAUGACCGUCACAGUUGUGUCAUAUCUCUGAUUGUACCAUAA